AACUGACAGAAACCUACUCGGAAUCCCGGGCACAAGAUAACAUAACCGGAGUGUUUCAGUCACUCGAUAUACCACUGGCUUGACAGACUCGUCCAGCAGCGUUCACCACGGAAGGCCCGCCCCCUUCCUGUCACUUCACUGGCUGACAAUAAGCGUACUCCGCCUCUCCCCCGAUCUAAUUGGUCCGUAGGUAUGCUCCUCAAUCGCCUCUCACGCCCAACGGAGCCAACAAGGUGAAAUUGACCAGAGAAGUUCUGGAAUCUGUACUGGGCGUAGAAGCGCGGCCGAAUGCGCGUGGCCUUCGAGGCGGGAGGCUGGGCUGCCCGCAGGUGCGUGUGGCGCUCUGGUGAACUUUGACGCGGUGUGGUGGCAGGGGUCUGCGCUCACACUGCCGCGAAACGCCAUGGCGAGCCGUCUGUUUGUGAUGCGGUUCCACUGAACGCCGGACUGCCUGUCUCGUUGAGCCUGCCGCACGGAGAUAAUGUCGCAGAGUCGCUUUGCUUGAGAGCUGAGUGGAGUCCGAACCAGCCAUGUCCAAAACCCUGAAGAAGAAGAAGCAUUGGUCGACCAAGGUGCAGGAGUGCGCGCUUCUGUCCUGUGGGGCUGAGCUCACUUCCCUGCUGGAAAUCCGAGGGGGAGCCGAGGUCGGAGAGUUCCCUUACUUGGGCCAGAUGAAGGAGGAUGCGAUCAGCUGCCACUCGGGCAAACCGCCAAGCCCCGGAGACGUGUUGCUGGAGGUUAAUGGCACCCCAGUUAGCGGACUGACCAACCGGGAUACGCUGGCGGUAAUUCGACACUUCCGAGAGCCCAUACGACUAAAAACACUGAGACCAGGCAAAGUGCUAAACACUGACCUGCGCCACUACCUCAGUCUUCAGUUCCAGAAAGGUUCGCUUGAUCACAAACUGCAGCAGGUGAUCCGAGACAACCUGUACCUGCGCACUAUUCCAUGCACCACCAGGCUACCCAGAGAAGGGGAAGUUCCCGGAGUGGAUUACAACUUUAUUAGUGUUGGAGAAUUCCGAGCUUUGGAAGAAGCAGGUGCUCUUCUUGAAAGUGGUACCUAUGAUGGUAACUAUUAUGGCACUCCAAAGCCGCCAGCAGAACCCAAUCCCAUCCAGCCUGAUCUUGUGGACCAAGUACUGUUUGAUGAAGAUUUUGAUGCAGAGGCUCAAAGAAAACGUACCACGUCUGUCAGCAAGAUGGAGAGGAAAGACAGUGCAGCCCCUGAGGAGGAAGAUGAUGAUGAAAGGCCUGCUGUUAAUGGAGUAGCAGAACACAAGGAAUCCAUGGAAUGGAGAAAGGCUGUCCCAAGUUACACGCAAUCAAGCAGCACUAUGGAUUUUCGAUUUUGGAACUCCCUACCAAGGGAUGACAAUCAAGAUCCCCUGCCAAAGAACUGGGAGAUGGCCUAUACAGACACUGGCAUGGUUUACUUCAUCGACCAUAACACUAAAACUACCACGUGGCUUGACCCAAGGCUUGCUAAGAAAGCUAAACCUGCUGAAAAGUGUGAAAAUGGGGAGCUGCCGUAUGGAUGGGAAAAGAUAGAAGACCCUCAAUAUGGAACUUAUUAUGUUGAUCACAUCAAUCAGAAGACACAGUUUGAAAACCCAGUGUUAGAAGCUAAGAGGAAAAUUAAAGAAGGCCAGGCAAAGCUCCUCCAAGGAACUGUACCACCUCCACCCACUCCAGAAAUCUCCAGACCUCCUUUCACCAGGGAUCCAUUGCAACUACAGGGCACCUUGAUUCGGACAGCACUGCGGAAGAGUUCACUGGGGUUUGGGUUCACCAUUAUUGGUGGAGAUCGGCCUGAUGAGUUCCUGCAGGUCAAGAAUGUCCUCAAAGAUGGACCUGCAGCUCUGGAUGGAAAGAUCGCUUCUGGAGAUGUGAUUGUGGAUAUAAAUGGUACAUGUGUUCUAGGAAAAACGCAUGCAGAUGUGGUUCAGAUGUUCCAGUCUAUUGCUGUCAACCAAUAUGUGAAUAUGGUCCUCUGCCGUGGCUAUCCUCUUCCUGAAGAUGCCAACAGUGACCUCAGUGGUGAUAUUGUAACAAGCACACCUCUGAUCAAUGGUCAGACAGGCCCUACUCAAGCAGAAACUGUCCAGGGUCCUCAUGAUGUACAUUAUUUCACUACUGACCAGAAUGGGAGGCCAGUGGUUCAAGUUUUACCCAAUGGUCGGUUCAAUGGCCCUCUAACAGACUUUGAAGCAGUCUCAUCUUCUGGUCUUUUGCAGCCAGAGCUGGUAACACUUUCUUUACUAAAAGGACCCAAUGGGUUUGGCUUUGCAAUAGCAGACAGCCCCCUAGGGCAGAAAGUUAAGAUGAUUCUUGAUGGACAGUGGUGUCGUGGACUGCUAAAAGGUGAUGUUUUAAAGGAAAUCAACCGACAGAACGUGCAGACCCUGAGCCAUGCCCAGGUGGUGGAUAUUCUGAAGGAGUUUGCAGUAGGGAGCGAGGUUUCUGUUCUCGUCCUGAGAGGAGGUCAGACAUCACCUGUGAAGUCUUUGAUUCCUCAGAGGACUGAAAAACAAGAUGUAAGUGGGAGCUGUGAGGCCCUAAACACACUUGAGCCCCUCCCUCAGCCACUCCCUCUGCCUCCAAAUGCCAUACGUUCGUCUUCUCCAAAGCUUGAUCCUAGUGAGGUGUACAACAAGUCUCGAGCUAUGUUGGAGACCAAACCACCUAACACUAAGGAACUUGAUGUAUUUAUAAAGAGGAAACAGGAUUCUGGCUUUGGAUUCCGGGUUCUUGGAGGGGAGGGGCCAGAUCAGCCGGUGUAUAUUGGUGCAAUUGUACCCCUUGGUGCUGCUGAGAAAGAUGGCCGUCUUCGCGCUGGUGAUGAGCUUGUGUGCAUCGAUGGUGUGCCUAUUAAAGGAAAGACGCACAAACAGGUCCUGGAAUUGAUGACUACAGCAGCCCGAAAUGGACAUGUCCUUCUCACAGUCCGUAGACAGGUGCUGUAUACAGCAGAGGCUUCUGAAGAAAAUGGAAACCCUGCUUCAGAUUUAUUGCUGAAUGACUCUCCACCUGUAAUCUCUAGUGAGAUUCCUACCAGGCUCCAUGUAGACCCUUAUGAUGUAUUACUCCAGCGGAAAGAUAAUGAAGGCUUUGGGUUUGUCAUCCUUACCUCUAAAAACAAGCCACCACCAGGAGUGAUCCCACACAAGAUUGGACGCAUUAUUGAAGGGAGUCCUACUGACCACUGUGGGAAGUUGAAAGUGGGAGACCGGAUUUCAGCAGUGAAUGGACAGUCAAUUAUUGACCUGUCCCAUGACAGUAUUGUGCAGCUUAUUAAAGAUGCUGGCAACACUGUUACCCUGACAGUCAUUCCUGAAGAAGACCACAGUGGACCUCCAUCACAUAACAGUUCAGCUCAGCAAAGUCCAGCACUUCAUCAUCGUGCAACAGGCCAAAUAAGCCAGAGGAUCCUGGAAGACAGACUGAACAUUGAAGCUGAGGAUAGGAAGGAGGUGAUUGGUGACUCCAUAUACCAAAGGUCAGAACCUGGUGGCAGUUGGGUUUCUGGUCCCAAAGUUUCACAGAGUCAUGGCUGCAUUCCUGUAGAGCUGGAUAGAGGUCCCAGAGGAUUCGGGUUCAGCCUUCGAGGGGGAAAAGAAUACAAUAUGGGCCUGUUCAUCCUGCGUCUGGCAGAGGAUGGCCCAGCCCUCAAAGAUGGACGGAUACAUGUCGGUGACCAGAUUGUGGAGAUCAAUGGGGAACCCACCCAAGGUAUCACUCACACCAGAGCUAUUGAGCUUAUCCAGGCUGGGGGUCAUAAGGCUCACCUUCUUCUGAGGCCAGGAUUGGGUCUGGUGCCAGAUCAUGGUCACAUGGAUGUAAUCAAUGUGUCACCUGCAAGCUUUCAGAAAGAGGCCACCUCUUCAGAAGAGCCUCCACCAUAUUCACCAUCUAGUUCCACUUCCGACUCAACCUAUUCAAUGAGACAAGAAGCACCAUCAGACCUCAGUGCCACUUGGGAAGAUGCUCCAUCUGAUAAACAGAAGAGACGGCAAGAGGCCCUUAGAAUGAAGCCUAACAAGCAAGAGCCACCGGAAAGUAGUUUAGAACCGACCAAUGGGAAUCUACAUACAGGGAAGAACGAAUCGCAACCUGGAAGGCCCGUUGCUAAAAGCAAAGAUUUACAUGACAGGUCUAUAGUAAAAAGGAGAUCAUCUAGCCCCAGGAAAGUAGAUAAGCAUCCAAAAGAAACUGAGGGCAGAUCUAGUCCAAGGAAAGAACAACGUAGAGAGAGAAGUCGUGACCGUGAUUUGGAACCACAGGCAGUUUAUCAAGCCAGAUCAUCCAGUCCAACAAAAAGCAGAAAGAAGGAAAAGCCCGAAGAACGACCAGAGAAAGCAGGUCUUAGGGCUGACUAUCAAAAGGGUGACAGCUUAAUAAAAUCUGAGCAACAUGGCCUUUCAAAAGAAAAUGAACAGAUGUUCCAGCUGGCAGCUAAGAUGGAUGAAGUGGUUGUUGAAGGAAAAACAAAAAAACACGUGGAGAAAAUGACUUCUUUCAGCAAGGAGGACUCUGAGAAAGAAGCAAGGGGUCAAACAAAAAGUGGCUUUCAAGUGAAAGAAAUAACUCCAGGGAAUGGUAAGAAGGAGGAGGACAUCAGCAGACACGGCACAGAUGCGGAUCUUGGCAGGGAGAAUUCACAAAGUGGGAGGAAGGUCCCUAUCACUCCUGGCCCUUGGAAGGUCCCCAGUACAGAUAAAGUGUACACUGUAAUGGGAAGUGUGCUGAAGGGUAGUGGGCUGUGAGGGCGGCCCUUUUGAUCAGACUUCUUUACUCAGCGAUACUGAAGGGGAGCACAAAGUCCCUCAGCACUGUGAAAUGAAGGAUUAUGUUUAAGCGUUUUGUCUUCUAUCUGUGUAUGUCUAUUCAGAUAUUUAAAUGGAUGGGUUCAGUUUGUCUUGCGUGCAGUCUGUUCCAGUAGAAGUUGAUUACCUGUGGUGUUUUUUUGUUUUUUUUUUUAAUUGUUUUGUUAUUAACCACCAGUCUGCAGUGGAACUUGCGUGUUAUUAGCCUAUCUGGGCUUAUUGUUGAGUUUAUCCAAAGCAAAUUUGCCAACUGCCUGCAUGUUUGAUAGAUGAAUCCUAGCCGCAAGCCGGCUUCCAAAGAGAAUCAAAGAAACCCGCAAUACGCCUCUGGCUUUUAAGAGGAAGCAUCUCUCUCUCUCUCUCUCUCUCUCUCUUUUUAUUAUUUGUUUGUGUGUGUUUUUAAGAUGCAUGCUUCUAUCAAAUCUGCUGAAACUUGAGAGAGCGUUCAUGGCAUGCAUUCACACCACAAAGCAGCCCCACCUCCUGCUCUUUUAAGGUCUUGUUGUUUAGCACAUGAUAAUGGAAUUGUUUGUAUAUUUUUAUUGAGAAGGAACCCAACCUGUCAGUCAUGCUCCAUCAUAUCCAUCCUACUGUCAUUGUGUAUAAUAUAAAAAUAAGAAAAAUGGUGCAUCACUUAAAACAAAUGUCUUUGAAAUCCAUGUGUGAAUAGCACACUUUGGGUUAAAUGAACUUCCAGCAUCUGUGGAAUGUGUAACUUUUUUUUUUUUUUUUGGUUUUGUUUUUUGAUAAAUGCACACAUGCUUCAUGGUUUUCAAGGUCUCCUAUCCUGCAAGAGUGACAUGCAGCAAGCCUCAUGUCUCAGUAGCAUUUGCACUUGAUGUCUGUACAGUGUGUUGGCCCCACCACCCCAGAUCACUACUUGUACAUAAUUGGGUGGCCUUGCAAUGACAUGCUGUGGUAGUUGUAAAUGUUUCUAAAUUGUACAGCACCUUUAUAAAUACUUAGAAGUUCUCACGCAGAUGGCCAAACCAAAUCAAUCUGUAAAUUUCUCCAUUAUUUUUUUAAGUAAAGUUGAUUGAAAAAAAAAAAUCGAAUUGGUAAUGGCAUCCUGUUCAUGCACUGUAAAAUAAAGUUAUUCUGUACUUAA